AUGAAGCAACGGUGUCAGUGGCUCAUAACCUUAACGGCAUUGUGUUCAGAUCUGUUGGAAAAGGCUCGUGUUAUUCGACAGGCUCCGGACGAAAGGUGCUUUCAUAUUUUUUAUCAACUACUGGCCAAUGCAACCCCCAAAAUGCAAGAGGAUCUGCUUUUGGACCAAGCCAACUCGUACAGAUUUCUUCUUAACGGAAUGUUAGAAAUCCCGGGAUCAGACGAAAGACAAUCUUAUCGGGAGACCACCGAGGCGAUGAACAUCAUGGGCAUAACCGCUGAAGAUCAACAAGCCAUUUUCCGCAUUAUUUCCGCGGUUCUGCAUUUGGGAAAUUUGGAUUUCCGUCAGGAACGUAACUCCGAUCAAGCAACACUUCCCGACACAUCGGCUGCUCAAAAAGUGGCGCACUUGCUUGGGAUUCCUAUGGCUGAAAUGAUCAAGGCGUUCCUUAAACCACGCAUCAAGGUCGGGAAAGACAUGGUGCUGAAGACACAAACGAAAGCUCAAGUGGAAUUUGCUGUGGAGGCUAUCUCCAAGGCUAUUUACGAGCGUCUGUUUUUGUGGCUUGUAGCGCGAAUCAACAAGACGUUGGAUCGUACCAAGCGACCCGGCGCUUCAUUUGUGGGCAUUCUGGACAUAGCUGGGUUCGAAAUCUUUCAGGUAUUUCGCCCCUAA